UAUUCAUCUCAACAUCUCUCAGUCAACCUCAUCAGGUCUAUCUUCCUCAUCAUCCAAAAUGCACUUCUCUACCACCCUAGUCAUCUCAGCUCUCUUGGAGCUUGCCGCAGCGGCAUCAUGCCCGGCGUCAGGACCCCCGACAUACCCGAAGGCUACAGAAAGCAACACCGCUUUCAUCCCCUUCAUUAACAAGUUCCCUCUCAUUGACACCACGCCUUCACUCACAUUCACCGUCCUGACAAAAUACAACAUCGACAAGAAGCCGAUCAGUAUCCCCUCUGCCGGCAUGGACACCGGCUCCACCGGCGUCAUGAUAGGUGCUGGCGUCCUCGGGUUUGACGAGAAAACGACAUUCGACAAAUCCCACCCGGGAAACGAGUAUCUCUCCUCUAGCGGCAGACUGUGGCAAGGUUACUGGAUUGAUGCGAACAUCACAUUUCCCGCAAAGACGGACGAGCGCGGAACCGGCGAAGACGUUGUCGCCUCCGUGCCUAUCAUGGUGGUCACCGAGGCCAGCAUCUGCCGCGCUUGGAAGACACAGGGCUCCUGCACGGAAGCGCAGAAGUCCAACAUCACAAUGUACCCCAAAGAUAUCCACUACAUGGGCGUCGGCUUCGGUAGAUGGAGUACUGAGCAGCCCGAUGCUCUGCCUGACAAGGUGUCCCUGAUCAACAUCGUGUCAAUCGGGGGUCGACCUGUGGCGGAUAUCCACCAGGGCUACAUACUGGGCAAAGAUGGUGUCGAGGUCGGUCUUACGAGCGAAAACACGGAGGGAUUCUGCAAGACGAAGCUCGAUGUCCGAUCCGGAUCCAAGUCCCUCAUCGACUGGAACAUGGUGAACAUGGCAAUCAGUAUCAACAGCUCACCCUACGACCAGGGCCAGGCCCUCUUCGAUACCGGUAUUCCCCAAGCGUUUGUUGCGGUCAACAAAGACGUUAGAUCGCACGUCAAGAACGUCACUUCCAAGUAUAUCAAGACACACCCGCAGGUUGCUGCUAAGGGAAGCGUCGUGGUGGUUCACAUUCCCAAUGAAAAGAACCCGAUUGCGACUUACAACGUCACUGCCCAGGGUGCGGGCAAGCCCAACCCUACGACGAUGCAGCCGUCAGGAUUCGUUCUGGAGGGCGCACCCGUGGCGCCGAAGCUACCCUUCAUCAACACUGGCAGGAUGUUCUACAACAACUUCGACGCUCUCUUCGAUUCCGCUUGCGGCUGGUUUGGGUUAGCGGAGCUCUCGGAAACUAGCACAAAGAGAGUCAAGAGGUCAACCUGCCCAUCUUGAUAAUUAGGGAGGGAAGCCUUGAUUUAGCCUGCAAGAGUCGAGUCUAUGUGCGGUAGGAUUCAUAAAAUAGCAAUUUAUUCCACUGAAGAUUUAUUCAAGUUGAAAUUCUCCGAGGAA